GCGAAUUGAGAAUAUACACUUUUGACAUGUUUUAAAUGGAAAUUUAAUGUGUGUGACUUCAGUGAAAUGAUAUGGGGCUUGGCAUCGUGGUGAAAAGCACAACACAACUGUCAAGUCAGACAUAAAUAUAUCCAGAUUUUGAGGACAAUAAUCCCCGAUUACCCAUGAUAUGAAAGUGCCCGUGUGUCAUAACUACUUUCAAAGAACUGUCAUGGCAGAGAAAUGUGAUAUUUUGUGUUUCACCACGAUUUGUGAAUUUUGGAAUUACCUCUUUAAUUUGGCAUUUGAUUGAAAUCUGAGACUAAUAGUGACUAGCAACCUAAUCAACGGAUUGAAUUAUUAUUUUGGGACAACUUUCUAUAUUCACUUGAAUCCUGUGUGUGCGCAGCAGUGGACACUUUUUUCAAUUAUUCACAACUCAAUCAACAUCGAUGAUCUUCACACUGGACGAUAAGCAUGCUGUGUCAUUUCUUUUUUCGUCUGCUCUUCGUCAUAUUCCUGAUCUAUGAAAUCAAAGGGGAGAAAGAAAUCUGUCCUGUUCCGUGCUCAUGUACAUACAAAGGAAAGACCAUAGAUGUUUUGGAUUGCUCAAAUCUUGAUUGGAAAAAUAUCCCUUCAAAGUUCAUUUUCCCAUCUUCCGCGUUACAUCUUUCCAUUGCCAACAAUCUCUUUACAGUGCUUCACAAUGGUACCUUCAGAAACCUGUCAAAACUCCAGUCACUUGACAUAUCUCACAACCGUCUGGCCGUGUUAGAAUACUCUUGCUUUGAAGGAUUGGAAUCAUUGCUAACACUGAAUAUAAGCUAUAAUAAUCUGAAGAUGACAACCAAUGUGUACGCUCCGGGAAUAUUCCGGUAUCUUGAAAAUCUGAAAGUUCUAAACAUCCAUGGCAACAUCAAACAAUCGACAGUAGAUCAAAACUACCCGGAUGUGGCACUUUCUGAUCUCGAGUGUUUAGAAGAAUUGACUAUGGACGGAUUAACAAGGGUUAUAUUUGGAGAAGGAUUUCGGAAAUUAAGAUUUUUGACCUCUCUUGAUAUGUCAGUUCGGGAUGAUGAAAGUUCCUGUGUGUUGCUCGACGUUCUCAAUAUAACGUUCAGCAGUUUGAGUAAUUCUACAUUAUCUGUGUUAAAGCUAGCACAGUGUAAUAUAUACCAUAUCGCACCAGGGGCGUUCGCAAUGCUUAAGCAUCUAACGGAAUUAGAUUUGUCUGAAAAUGAUAGAAUAGGCUUUGGAGGAAUGAAAAACGCAAGCUUUGGAUUACAUUUAACAAAUAUUCAGGUUCUUCGCCUCAAUCGUAUCAACAGACACAUCGAUAUAUGGACGCUCCGAGAAAUACAUUUCGUUUAUUUUAAUAUAACAACAAUUAAAACGCUGACGUUUGAUUUCAAUAGGAUUACGAGAAUACAAAAUGGUGUUAUUGAUCUCCUUCCAAUGUCAUUGGAGGUUUUGACAUUUCGGCACAACUAUAUAAUGGACGCUCACUUCCUAACAAAAUUAGUUCGCCUCAACAAUCUGCUGGUCUUUGACGUGAGCUACCAGUUGGAUUACUCUGUAACAGCAGGACAAAAGGAAAAAUCUAAACGUGUUCAACCAGCGACUCCAACAUACUCAACUAGGAGGAACAAAAAUGAGGAAAGUGGGGAGAAAGCACAAGUCAGCAACUAUAACAUUUCUAUUGCUCCUUUCUUUAAGACAAAUAUGAAAGAUGUGGUACGUUUACAACAAGUUGUAAAAGAGCCAAAUAAAUACCUCUACAAGUUUUUAAGUUUAAACAGCCAGCAAACUGAUGAUGUGCUCCGUUUACCUGUCAAUGUGCAGAAAGUUAUUGGAAGCAAUUUGAAGCUUAGCUCUGUAUCUGCUCCACCGGUUACAUUUGAUUCUAAUAAUUCUUUAGAAUAUCUCGAUCUAUCGUCGAAUGGGGUCCAUGCCUGGUAUGGUAAAUGGACAGGUUUACAUUCCCUCAGGUUUUUAAAUAUUUCCUUUAAUGCAAUGUUUCGAAUAGCUCCGGAUACGCUCGGUGACAUGGCUAAUUUACAUACUCUCCUGCUUAAUGGGAACAGACUCGGUAUUACUAUCAUGCAGGAUACGCAGUUUCUCACAUUUUCCAAUCAAACAAAAUUAACAUAUCUAAAUUUGAGUGAUAAUGGAUUAACUGAUCUACCAGAAUUAAUCUUUGCCAAACAAAUCAUUCUUGAAAAACUUGAUCUUCAGAAAAACUUUUUGUCGGCAAUUUCUUUUCGAAUGGAAUCGCUGAAAAGAAUAAGAGAGAUCAAUCUGUCAAAUAACACCAUAACUGACCUUACGCGCGUCAAUAUGGAUGUGAUGGAUCAUUUAGCCAAGCAGUCAAACUUCAUAAUUGAUCUAACUGGAAAUCCCUUGAAAUGCACAUGUGAUCAGUUAGAACAACUCCGGUGGAUGAUGGUCACUGAAGUUGUGUUCCGGAACUUGAAACAUUACAAAUGUAAAGCCAGUAACGGAAGUGUUGUCAGUCUUGCUAGGGUGGAUGACAUGGUAGGACAGAUGGAUAUUGACUGUAUAGCAGGGGAGGUUAUUAUCAUUUGUGUGGCAGUGUUCUGCGGAUUGUGUUUGCUGCUUUCGCUUCCUGCUCUCGCCUACUACAAAAGGUCUCGUCUCAUUUACCUGUUCAGUAUAGGCAGAAGACACAUUGUUCCCAUAAAAAGAAAUAUUCAAGGUGACGAAGCAAAUGAUGAACAUAUAAAAUACACAGUAUAUCUUUCUUUAGAGCCCUCUCGGGCAGUGAAUGAUUUUGUCUCCAGAUUCCAGGUGUACAUGCAAAAUAAGGGCGUAUCUAUAUGUAUACCAGAACUGGAUUUGAUAGGUGGUGGUAAGGAAACAGUAGAUAUAGUUAAGGCUAUGAACAACAGCACGUGUAUACUAGCUCUGAUUAAUAACGACUACAUGACGUCAUUUCAUCGUCUUUUCGAGUUCGAGGUUGCUGUCACGGAAGGAAUUCAGAACCGGUUUAAUAAUUUGAUCGUUGUUUUAUUAGGAGACUUAGACAACCAACAUAUGCAAAUGAAUGAUUUUGUUUCUAUGUACUGCCUUGAGAAUCACUAUUUUGAAGUUCGUGGAUCCCCCGAAAAAAAAUUGUUUGGUGAAUUGGAGAAUGAAAUAUUUAGGUACAUGGAAUUUACAAAAGGAAAGACAUGAUACUUUUUAUACAUGAAAAUAAUGCAAUUAAAUUUAGAAUAUCACUUUAUACAAAACAGUCCACUUCAUUGUUUAAUACAUGUUUACUUGGGAAAACAUUGCAUUGAAAAUGGUAAAAUUGUACUCGUAUACUAAUUAUAUUCAUAUAUAUUUCGUGAGAUGUGUACCUUGGCAUAGUUCCCAAAAAAGAAACAAAGGAAAAAACUAAAACUCAUUAAUAAUUAUUUUGAAAAUGUAGAUCUACAUACAUAUGUUACAAGAAACUUCAUAUAUGAAAUGAAGUGCUUCCUUAACCCUUUCACCACUGUAGACCAUAAUGGACUCAUCCAGAUCAAUGCAUGGUAGAGUCUACUAAAGCUACAUAGGGUUGAAAGGGUUAAUUAGCAUUUCUAGUGAUCACACAUUCUGUAUCAUACGUUUAAACGCAAGCCUGAAGAUGACAGCAUCAAGUUAAGCAUGACCUGUUGCUUUCUGCAUCUAUCAUUCACUACUGUAUAACAAACGUAUGACACAGGGUAUCCAAAGACGCAGGCUGAUGAAAACCAUGGUAAGUGUAAUGGUCGACAUCAUUUCAUUGCGAAAUAAGUUAUAUACUGUAAAUCGCUUUAGAAUGGCUUAUGUUGGCUAUAGAAAGGGCGCUUUAUCAAAUGUUGUGUAUUAUUAGUAUCAUUCCUCUGUUAGAUAUAAAGGUCGGUGUUUUUUAUUAUGCUCAUUAGCGUGUCUUGUUCUGAUCAUGGUUCUCGCUUUGAGGACAUUACGUGACUUCCAUGCUUCAAAGACGCAGAAAACGCUUACUCUUUCGAAACACCUGGUGUUAUUCUCCUUGUAUUUUUUAAUGGUCUCUUUGGUGACCUUUUCUUCUUUCAUGUUUUGCCUUAGUUUUAUAGACUUGGAGUUUAAAAUAAAGUUUU